AUGUGGGCAAGGACUUCUCUGCGCUCAACGCGCGCCCUCAAUGGGCUCCGAAACGGAUCGACGGCCGUCUCCAAGCGUGCCGCCUCGACCAGCUCCGGUGCCGCCAACGAAUCGGCCACCACGGGCCAGAACAUCGCCGCCGCCAUCUCUACCUCCCUCGCCGUCGGCUCCGUCGCCUGGUACUACCACCUGUACGGACCUCAGGUUUACGCCUCGGCACCUGCUGAGGAAGGUCUUCACCCUACCAACUACCCCUGGGUUCACGAGCAGUGGUUCAAGACCUACGACCAUCAGGCUCUCCGCCGAGGUUUCCAGGUCUACCGGGAGGUCUGCGCCUCUUGCCACUCGCUGAGCAGGAUUCCGUACCGUACUCUGGUCGGAUCGAUCCUGACGGUCGACGAGGCCAAGGAGCUGGCCGAGGCCAACGAGUACCCCGGUGAGCCCGACGAACAGGGCGAGAUUGGCAUGCGUCCCGGAAAGCUGGCCGACUACAUCCCGUCGCCCUACAAGAACGAGGAGGCGGCCCGCUUCGCCAACCAGGGUGCCCUCCCUCCGGAUCUGUCCCUCAUCGUCAAGGCCCGCCACGGUGGCUGCAACUACAUCUUCAGCCUGCUGACCGGCUACCCCGAGGAGCCCCCUGCGGGAGUCACCGUCGCCCCCGGUAUGAACUUCAACCCCUACUUCCCCGGAACCGGCAUCGGUAUGGGCCGCGUCCUGUACGACGGCCUCAUCGAGUACGAGGACGAGACCCCCGCCUCGACCUCGCAGAUGGCCAAGGACGUCGUCGAGUUCCUCAACUGGGCUGCCGAGCCCGAGAUGGACGACCGCAAGAAGAUGGGAAUGAAGGUGCUCGUCUCCUCGACCAUCCUCUGGGCCCUGAGCGUCUACGCUAAGCGCUACAAGUGGGCUUGGCUCAAGUCGAGAAAGAUUGCCUACGACCCUCCUGCCGAGACCAAGAUCCGCCACUAA